AUGGGAACCGGAUGGGAAUUAACUAAAGCGUUGCGAGAGCAAAUCGUGAAAUACGCUGGAUACCAGCAGACAUCUAUCUCGUUGAGACAGAUGGUGCAAUUUGGGCCCACUCCGUCGCCAGGAUCGGUUUUUUUGGCGUCACAGUUUAUUGUGGAAGAAUUGCCGAUAAGACUAGCUAUAAAGGUGAAGAACUUGGAAAAUUCACCGCAUGGGUUGAAUAGGAUGCCAUCGACGAUGAAGGUGAGGGACUGGUAUGCCCAGUCAUUCCAGGAAUUGACCGAAUUACCCAAACCACAGAUAUCGAGCGAAUUGGCCGAGAUGUUGAAUAGCCAUCAGGCAGAAACGGAGCUGCAUCAGGUGAACGAGGCCACGACGAUGUCUCCCAUCUUGCAAGAGGACAUGAAGAGUGUAGAAGAAACGCAUAAUCCUGCGAACAGCGAGUCGAAGAAUGUUGCUAUCAACAAUAUUUUCAGCGACGAUGGAAUUGUUGUCCGCACAUCGUCGGCACAUUCACAUAUGCUGUCUCCAGAACAGACCAAAAACUCGAAGGGUAGAAGCGAGUCGCCUACAUUUGGCAAAACGUACUAUACAUCAUGUCCUGCCAACGUGGUUUGGCCGAAAGAAGUGUACGAUUACAAUAAGCUGGUGAGCGAUGCGUUGAGCAAGAUCAAGAAGAGACACGAUGCGACGGUGGCCACCAUGGCUCAAGGGGUACAGGAGUGGAAGAACGAACAUAAGACAGUAAUUGUCAACUCACAGAUCCAGACAUUUUUGGACAGGUUCUACAUGUCUAGAAUUGGGAUCAGAAUGCUAAUUGGACAGCAUAUUGCAUUGAAUUCAUCGCAGACUUCACCAGCCAAGGCUAAGAUCAACUCUUUCUUGAACGGCCAGAAUGGUGGUUCUAGUAAGAGAUCCAACUACGUGGGGGUUAUUUGUACAGAUUGUAAUGUGGGAGAGAUUGCCGAGGAUGCCAUCGAAACGGCCAAAUAUAUUUGUGAAGAAUACUAUGGGUUAUUUGAAGCACCAGAGAUACAGUUGAUUGCUCCUAAGAAUGACAUUAGCUUCAUGUAUGUCCCAGGCCAUUUGAUUCACAUGCUAUUCGAAACUUUGAAAAACUCAUUGAGAGCGACCAUCGAAUUCCAUACUUCCAGAUUGAAAGAGAAGAUGUGCCAGGAGAAUCCUGACUUGCUGUUUGAUGAUGUUGACAUAAACGAUUUGAAGUUUCCUCCUAUAAAGGUAAUUAUUUCCGAAGGUUACGAAGACAUCGCUAUCAAGAUCAGUGACGAAGGUGGUGGUAUUCCCAGAAGUGAAGUACCAUUGAUUUGGACAUAUUUAUACACUACAGUCAGCCAAACUCCUACAUUGGAACCUGAAUACAACCAAAGCUCGUUCAAGGCCCCCAUGGCUGGGUUCGGGUAUGGUUUGCCAAUAUCAAGAUUGUAUUCACAAUACUUUGGUGGGGACUUGAAAUUGAUCUCCAUGGAAGGUUAUGGUACUGACGUUUACUUACAUUUGAAUAGAUUGAGUAGUUCUUCUGAACCUUUACCAUAG